UAUAUGGCAACACUGAACAAUGAAGUAAUAGAAAUUAGUCUAUGGCUUAAGGUCAAUAACCUGUUGCGGUCAAAAGCAGUGUUACUAUAAUUUCCUUCUUUUUUUGAUAAUUUUUAAUUUUUAUAUAGAAAUAUAUAGGUACUUUUUUUCUGGGCAAUACAAUUUAGAUAAUAUAAAAAUGAAAUGUAGUUCAUUGUAGUUCGUUAGAUGCAAAGAGUACUUUAUUAUAUGGGGCUCUGUAGACCUAUGUAGUGUGUGGUUCAAUCUAAAGUAACAUUUUUUUUUAGUAUGUACUUAUAUGUUUAAAAACAAAAUACAAAAGUAAAUAGUAUUAAUAAAUUAUGUAUUGUGUUCGGGCUGGGUAUCACGAAAGGUUAACUUAAUAUCGCAAAUACUGGUGGGUCACAACUUUUUUAAAUAAAUUGUGACAUAGCAAUGACAACCUCCACUGACAUAAAGAAAUAAUGACUACUUUAUUACCAGUCAAAAAAUAAAAGAAAAAUCAAAUCCUCACGAUAGUCUCUCGUAUUUAGACAAAAACAAGCACAAAAUUAUAAAAUUCAUAUUGAUCCGUCUUUCUUAGACCAUAAUAAUUUUAAUUAUUUAUACAACAUUAUUUUAAAAAUAAAUAUAAGUUUUGUGUAUGGAUGAAUCAAAGCGAUAAUGUUGACAUUCAAUAUGGCGGUAUGUCGUCAGUGCUGUGCUGUGUCGUGCUUGUGAAUGUCGGAUAGACGUAUAUCAGAUAAUAACCGAAUUAUACGAUAACAUACCCUCAUUUCAACCACCGUACGAAUGCAACUCGAAGCUCAGACUCAGCAAGCAUUGAAGACAUCUGAGGAUCUAUUUUAACAUUAUUAUAGUUUAUUUUCAACAAAAUUGUGGUUUGGUGUUUAAAACGUGAUUAAACUAAACGCUCGGUGGUGUUCCGCUGAACACAAAGACUAAGAAAAUGUGAUUUGAUUUGAAAUUUACUAUUGCUAAUUAGGAACAUUAACACCACGCGAUUUUCUGUGAUAUAUUGAUUAAAUAGAACUGAGAUUUUCGACCCAUAUACAAGCAACCAUGUCCAGCAAUCCUCAGUGGAAGAUGUUCCAGCCGCCAGAUUCCCACCCGUCUCCCCUGCAAGACAUACUUGAUCUCCAGCAUUCAAACAUGCAGGCAAAGCAAGCCUACCGUAAUGGUACAUUCAGCAGUGAGUACCCUAGUUCACCAAGAGACAACUUCAGCAACAUAGGCAAGACAAGUGGUGGUAACCGAUUUAACCUUGGAAAUUACAACUUAGACGGAUGCCCCAUGGGUGACUCUGUGGGAGUAUACUCAUCUGGAUCAACUAAUAAUUCAUCAUCCCAAUAUGACUCCAUGAACCACCCUCCUAUAAGAGAAACUGGCAUUAUUGAGAAGCUGUUGCAUUCAUAUGGAUUCAUCCAGUGCUGUGAGCGACAAGCACGUUUGUUCUUUCACUUUAGUCAGUUUAGUGGUAACAUUGAACAUCUUAAAAUCGGUGAUCCUGUUGAAUUUGAAAUGACAUAUGACCGACGCACUGGGAAACCGAUAGCAUCUACUGUAACCAAGAUUGCACCUGAAGUGGUGCUGAGUGAGGCCCGUGUGACGGGUACUGUUACAACUGAGGUGAAGGGAGAAGGUUCUGGUGAUAACACCGGUAGGAUCUCAUACGAAAACCGUGGCGAAUGUUUCUUCUUGCCGUAUACGAAAGAUGACGUCGAGGGUAAUGUGAUUCUGCACACGGGAGACGCCGUCAGUUUCCAAAUCGCUACUAAUCAAAGGGGUACCUUGGGCGCCUGUCACGUGCGUUUUGAAAAUCCUGUUCAUCCGGUGAAGUACCAUGGGGUAGUUUGUUCUAUGAAGGAAAACUUUGGCUUUAUCGAAAGAGCCGAUGUCGUAAAAGAAAUAUUCUUUCAUUACUCUGAAGCCAAAACCGAGGAGGAAUUAAGUUUAGGAGAUGACGUCGAAUUUAUAAUCCAAACCAGAAACGGCAAGGAAGUGGCGUGCAACAUAACCAAGUUACCGAGCGGUUCAGUUGUGUUCGAGGACGUGAGCCCCGAGAUAAUGCGCGGACAAGUGUUGAAGCCUCUGGAGCGGGGCAGCAUGCAGCGCGCCGCUCAGAACGACCCGCUGCCGGGGCGCAUCCGGUACCGUGCCGCCGACCACUCGGAGGUCGAGGUGCCGUUCGGUGACAAGGACCAGUGUGGCGAGUUCACGCUGCGACACGGCGACUGGGUGCAGUUCCAGGUAGCCACCGACCGCCGCGACCAACUCAAGCGCGCGACCAAUAUUUCCCUGCUCGACGAGUCCUUCAACGUCUCCGGCGAACGCCGCGAGCAGGGCGUCGUGUGCAUCCUCCGCGAGGGUUUCGGGUUCAUCCGCUGCGUGGAGAGGGAGCACACCAUGUUCUUUCAUUUCGCCGAAGUUCUGCGUCUCGGGCACGAGCUCAGCGUCGGUGACGAGGUGGAGUUCACCGUGGAUCCUGUGUCGACGUUCUCCGCUAACAACACCCGUCAGUCGGCGAUCCGCAUCAAACACCUGCCCGCGGGCUCCGUCUCGUUCGAGACGCUGGUGGAGCGCGGCGUGCGCGGCCUCGUCCAGAAGGAGGCGCAGGUGCCGCCGCCGGCCCCCAACAACGGCAGCCCCACCAGGACACCGUCACAGGUACAUACACCUACACGUACAGUGCCGUGUUCUGUUCCUAGAGCACGAGAAAAAUAGACAAGGAUCUGAAGUAUUAUUACG